UCAGAGCGCUUCACUUCGCCAACUGUGAACUGACUAAAUAAACCAAACAAACUUAAACUAAAUUGUGUCAUCAACUCGCUUUCAACCUUGAAUACUAUCAUUUAGACAGGACUUGAAUGCACUAUAGCAAUUCUGCUGCAUAUAAAAGACUUUUAUGUCAUUGCCCACCCGCUUUAGAUAGGAACUUCCGGUUCAGAUCUCUGUUUGAUUUCUGGCGGUUUAUUUUGAACGUGUAAAACGCGAAAGAUGUGAUGAUAAUUAAUAUAAAUUUUUAAGGAAGAACACUUUCGUCCGUCCGAUGGACGCACAAGUCAGAUCUGUUCUAUAUCGGGUAAUCCGGAGAAUACCGAACAAAAAUAUAGAAAAUCUUUUGAAGAAAUGGAAUUGUUUAUCAACAGAUCAGCUCUAUGCCCUGGAUUACACAAGACCCAAAUGGGUGAUAGUGGAACAUGUCAUCAGCUUUUGUGAGGUUUUUCCAAGUGCACACUCAAGGAUCCUACAGGAAAGAAACGCCCUUCCAUCUCAUCCCUGUAUUGGAAAGGAACACAGUGACCAUGAAGAGAUGAGAUAUCUGAUGUCCUGUGAGGCGUUUGGACAUGGCCCUACACCAAAGCUAGAAACAGCAGUGUAUAGACUUGAGACAAGGUACAGGGGAAAUGGCAACAACACCCUCAGUGACAGAGAGGAGUUCUUCAGAGGGGUGGUCAGGUUCUCAAGCAGCAGUCUGCUAGAUUCCUUGCGUCACUGUGUUGCUUCAGGCAUGGCUGAAGGUCCAGUCACUCCGCUAUUGUCAGCCAUCACUCAGAGAGGAAGGAAUUAUUUUGUUAUCACAGACAAAGGCCCUGGUGUUUCCAGCCAAGCAUCAGCACAGUGAGCCUGAUCACAACUGACAUUGCAGAGAAAUAUCAGUUCAACCAGGACAUGCAUACAUGAGAAUAUAUAUUUAGCAUCCUGCAAAGCUAAAAUACUUUAGAGUAGCCAUGUGUAUAGUCUAUCACUAUCAUUAGAGGACAUGUCUGAGACAGCUGUAAUGAUCGCUGAUCCAGCAAGGAGAGAAUGUUUUUACAGUUAAGCUUGGUAAUACAGCAUGUAUAAUUUUUGUGUCAUUUUAGCAUGGUUUUAAAUAAAGGUUUUAAUAGAAAAAAUAUAUAUAUUUUUGUAUAUGUCUGAAAUCA